AUGACGAAUGGUGGCAGCGGUGGGAGACAAGAAAACAAGAGAUGGUCGUUAAUCCAUGGUCCCCGUUUCUUAGCAGUCUUACUGGUGAUAUCCAUGAUCCACGUAGCAGCAAGUCAGAACCAGAUGGGUACUCGUGAUCGAGGUUUCAACAAGAAUCGAUCACCAAGAUAUGUCAAGACAACAGGCCAAACUAGCACCCAAUCUAGCAGGGUUUGUAACACCACGGAAUGUAUUAAGGCAGCCAAACUAAUCAAAAGUUCGAUGAACCUGAAUGUACACCCUUGCGAUGACUUUUAUGAGUACGCUUGUGGGAGCUGGUCGUUUAUCAACCCAUUACCGAGCGGCUACUCUUAUUUGUCUCUUUUUGAUGUGGCACAUUUGAAAAUGAACGAAUACAAAAAAUUGAAAUUAGAAAACUCAACGAAAGAAGUCAGCGGAAUAAGUAAAACAAUACAGAAAAUGCCAUCCGAUUUGUACAAGUCAUGCAUGAACUUAAAGGCCAUUGACAAUCUUGGUGCCGCACCUCUGAGGGAACGUAUUAGAGAGUUGGGAGGCUGGGACAUGAGUGGAGACUGGGACGAGGAUACGUGGGAUUUUAACAAAACCCUUCUUUCUAUUCAUAAAAUUAUCAAGGACGGGCCUCUGUUUUUGACGGGAGGCAUACCAGACGAAAACAAUAAAACUAAGAAAGCUCUCGCUAUUCUUCAAGCUGGACCAGCCCUAAAGAAAGAAGAAUACCUUAAUCUAUCAUCAAAGGCAAUGUCAGCAUACAGAGAGCUGAUCAUUGAUGUGGUGGAUUUGUUGGGUGGUAACGUCAACACCACAGCCAAGAAAGUAGACGAGUUGAUUAGUUUUGAAGCCCAGCUUGCAGACGUAUCUUUAACAAGUGGAGAAAUAGACAAAUUCCUUAACAACAAUAUAACUCUUAUUGAACUUCAACGAGAAGUGCCUGAGUUCGACUGGAUUAAUUACUUUAAUGUUCUGUAUGCAUCACCAUCAUCAUCUACGAUUAAUGAAAGCGAGCUAAUUUAUGGGCCUGCGCUGUCCUACCUAAAGAAGGCUAUGAAAAUAGUACAGAAAACACCUAAGAGGGUACUGGCCAAUUAUAUGGUAUGGUUCGUGAUAAGAACCGAAGUCAACUGGCUUUCUGCUAGUUUCAGGAAGGCUCAGCUAGAGUACAAUCAAGCAACAACGGGUACUACAUCUGACGAAGAGCUUUCGAAAAAAUGUGUUGGUCAAACUGAAAAAUCUUUUGGUGAUGUAAUAGCAGUUGCAUAUAUUAAGGAACACUAUGCACAACUUACAAGUAAAACUAGAAUGACUAAAAGGAUCUUUAGUGGAGCGAUUCAAGCUUUUAAAGAUAACGUCAACUCACUUACAUGGCUAGAUAAUGGCACUAGAAGUGAAGUAUUGCAAAAGAUUGACGCCGUGAAAGCAAAGAUCGGCUUUCCUGCUUACAUGAUGGACAGCAAAAAACUCUCUAAGAUAUUCGAAAAGUACAGAGGUCUAAAAAUCACAAGAGGAACAUAUUUCAAAAACAAAGUGUCUAUCUUAAAGCAAGAACGUCAACAAAUGCUCAAAAAAUUCAUGAAGCCUAUAGAUCUUACGAUAUGGCGUGCAUCUCCUCUCAACAACAAUGCCCAAUACGAUAUAUUGACAAAUACAUUGACUCUCCCAGCAGUUAUUCUUCAGCCGCCAUUCUUCUUUCCUAAUAAGUUCCUAAGAGCUUACAACUUGGGCAACUUAGGUUCAGUUGUUGCUCACGAAAUCAUGCAUGGUUUUAGCCCUGCCGGUAGACCCUAUGACCAGGAAGGAAAAACUAGAAACUGGUGGUCAAGAAAAUCUCUUAAAGGGUUUAAUAAAAGAGUGAAAUGCUACGAAGAGCAAUACUCCGCGUACAAGAUAUUAGGAAAAUGGCCUAUCAGGGUAAAAGAUACAGCUGAUGAAACUGUUACAGACAACGGUGCUUUAAAGAUAGCACUCAAGGAUUAUUACAACUGGGUAAAGCAAAAUCCCAGUGAGGCAUGGCUGCUACCAGGACUGAAUUUCACUAAUGAGCAGCUCUUCUACAUUGGAUUUGCUCAGAACAGAUGUAGUUCAUCUACCCUUACACGCAGAGAACAGAUGAGUCUUAGUGGAUCUCAUCCAGAUGACAAAUUCAGGGUUAUUGGUCCGUUGGCAAAUUCAUGUGAGUUCGCCAAUACAUUCAAGUGCAAGAAAAACAGCCCAAUGAAUCCACUAAACAAAUGCUAUCUUUGGAGUAAAGAAGGAACAUUGAACUAGUCUAACAAUGUGCUCCCGUGUUAAAACUUGCUAUCUCUGGAGCAGAGAAGUAAUAUUGGACUAACAGUGUGGUCCCGUGUUGAAACUAAUACUUGUAACGCUCCAACCUAUAAUCGCCGGAUAUGCUUGGUAUAGAGGUUUUGCACCAUCAUGUGCCGGUGCCUAUGGUUAGAUGGGAGAACAAUAAAAUCUCUGUGCUCUCGGGAACUGAAUUCUUUCUCAUGUAAAACGAUUGUAUUGUUCCUGCCAUCUAACAUGGCUACCGUCACG